AUGACUCGAGCGCCGAGAAAAUAUGUCCCCAAGGUCAAAGGAUGUUAUGAGUGUUCGCAGCGCCGGAUCAACUGCGAUAGAGGGGAACCCGAGUGCGCCAAAUGUGUUUCAAAGGGGUUUGCCUGUAGCGGAAUCGGACCUAGGUAUAGAUUCCGAAACGGUCUGACCGCGAAGCGAAAGGGGGUCCCUUUGAGAAAUCGUCUCGCCCGCUCCUCAGGUCAUGAUGGUUUGCCCCCAGAUUCCGAGCAUCCCGAUGACGGGAGGCGGGGACAAACAAGCGUUCCUCAGCUACCGCUACCUUCCGUGCCGGUCGCUGAGGAGCAAGUGGAUGGCAAUCACAAUCAACUCGUCCGGUGUGAUGUUGUCACUGGGCCGAAACAGAGCGCCACCCAACACACACCACUAUCAGUGCUCCCCUGCUUGAAUCAUAUCGCACCAUGGCAGAGAUUGCUUCUCAAGCACUUCUCGGACCACAUCGCCCCAGAGAUGGUGGUCAUCGAUGACAGCAACAAUGGUUGGCGAAGCUUGGUUCUCCCUUUGGCAUGUGUGGAUGAGCUCAUCAUGAGCUCUGUAAUGGCAGUCUCGGCUUUUCAUUUAUCGGAAAGAGCUGAAAGCCACCAUCUUGUCAACGCCGGUAUGCUAUACUCGAAAGCCAUCUUCAAUCUCCAGAAGCGACAAGACUUGCACCAGUACGAUAUCCACGCAAGGUAUCGCAUCAUCGUUUCCAUAAUUGUUCUGCUUCUUGGUAUGAUGGUGAAUGGGAGCCCAGACUUUCCAAUAAUGUUUCGGAUGUUGCAGUCUGCUCUAGACAUGGUGGGGGGAGAGAGUGUGCUUGCAGCCGGUAGCAAGGUCAUUGCCGACUUUUCAGCAUCACAGAUUCGCAAAAUGCGUGUCUACGCCUCGCCGUUUAUCAGCCAAGAUGAAGGCGUCAGCGCUGUCGCAACACAAAUCAGGCAAAGUUGGGCAGAUCAGCAACUCUACUUCCAGUCAUACCCAGCCCACUCUCGUGCUCUAGGUCUGAUUUCAAAACUUAGAGAUCAGGCCUUUCAGAUCUACUUGAACCGGGCAUCUUCAGUCGAAGCUGGUUUUGCGGCCCCCGCCGAUCUGAUAUCAACGUUUAAGCAGAUGCUUGAGUCAUUUCCCGAGGCUCUUCCAGGCGAGCAUGUACUGGUCUGGCCCAUCUUCAUUGCCGCUUCGGAAAGUCAUGAUCCAGAUCACCAACAGUUCUUUACAGGGCUCUUAGAGAAGCAGUUCCGCCGGAAUAGGUUUAUGAAUAUUCUCAAAGCAUUGGAGUCGUUGAGGAGGAUCUGGGCUCGAGGGACGGAUGAGAACUGGACGGCAUUACUUCCAAAGCAGCCGAUAUUGGUUAUGUAG